AUGGAGCAGGACAACUCACUUUCCUGGCCGGAUAUUACCGCCCCCGGCGACGAUGAAUUCUCCAACUUCCUUGAAUUUGGAAUGCAUUUCCCCGACAUGGAGGGGCACGGGCCAUCCGACCAGCACCCUCCUCGUUCUAUCGCUCAUUCCGUGUCGAUGCCUACCUCAACUGCUCCUUCGGGCCAGGAACAGCUUAUGCGUAUGGAGACCGAUGCGGUGGCCCCUCAAUCAUCGUCGUAUGACCGCAUGAUGGGCGAUUUUCCCAUUGAGCUCUCCAGUCAAGUUCACCAAAGCCAGUCGCACGGCUCUAUUCCAGCGCCUUUCUCCGAUGCCCCGGUGACUCCGGCGUUCUAUGCCCAGAAACCUCCACAUCCCCAAAUCUUUAAUCACCAGCAAUUGCAGCAGCCGCAGGAGCAGUCACACCAUCAUCAUGUCCAUCAUUCGCAACCAACUUCCCAGCCUUACGUACCUAACGGCCAGCCAGUGAUACCUCCGACUCCUAAUAGUAUUGAAAUGCAAGGAAGCGCGGCCACAUACCCGCAACGUGUGGAUGAGAAUCAUGACAUGUACGACCGGUACGCUCGCAUAAAUGAGGAGCAGGCGCUCUACACCCCCUUGGUGUCUCCCGCCAUGACCCCACUGGAGACCCAAUUCCGGCUGCCAGAGUAUACAAUUCCUGGCCAGUACUUUACCCCUCUAACCUCCCCCGCUCUCGAGGCCCAGAAUGCGAAUUCAACCGGCUAUCCGUUUCAUUCCGGUCAUGUCUCGGACAUGGGUUUUGUGAAUUCACCCAUCGACAGUUCCAUUCCUGUUUCGUCGUCCCCUAAUUCACCUGGCUUGAUUCGGAAACACCACCGACGCCGACCAUCAAACACCAAAACAUUUUCCGCUAGGGCCAAAAAACAACAAUCUCCUUCGGUGCGGCCUCAGACACGCAAGAAGUCACUCCUGCAAAUCAACUCGGAUGAGGUAUUGAACGGCUUCAGCCAACAUCAAGGUGGCCCGAGGUCACAGCCCUCCACUGGUAGCGGGCUGCGAUAUGGAAGCAAUGAGAGUUCUGGCCAGGAUUCCGUCUCCCCUGAACCCCUGUCUGAACCCCUGAUGCCGCCCCCAGCUCUACCCACUGCUCGGAGGUCUCCCGCGAUUGCUCCUCAGGCGGCGCAAUCGCAAACCAACGAGCCUGCGACUCCGGCUAUGUUGAUGCGCAUUCAGCGGCCGCAGCAUAGUCCAGCCGCAAUCGGCCAAGCGUCAGGCCCUGUGUCGUCUGAGUCACAGGAUGAUAUAAUGGAGGAUGUUAUUCUCCCAGAAGCAGCUACUCCUACUACCCACUUCUCCCAAUCGCAAGUGGCCCGCAUAGACACCUCCCUGCGAAAUGGUCGUACGGAUGCAGCAUCCGUGAUCACCCCAGCUCUAGAACCCAAACCGACUCCCUUGGCUGAGCGUACCCCAGGUUCAGUAGCUCCUAGCCCGCGCACCGUCGCUAUGCCUUCUCCUAGCGGGCCGGUAGGCAAGAAAUCAGACACACCCAAACUAGGGCCAUUGGGUAGAAAGCGACAGAGUCUUAGCUCAUCUCAACCCAGUCCGAAUCUACGCCCUAAAAUAAGUCCUAGCAUACAACCAUUGGUCCGAGGAGAAUGUAUAUCAAGUGAGACAUCGGCCUUAUAUCUAGCCUCCAAAUCGAACUACCAGCAUAUUUUGGAUGGAACCCUUCUCCCUGGCGUAUCCUAUCCUGAAGCGUUAGCCGAAAAUUUGAGCUCCAAGCGGACGAACCAUAAGCUUGCAGAGCAAGGCCGACGUAAUCGCAUUAAUAAUGCGCUCAAGGAAAUUGAAGCUCUAAUUCCCGCUGAGUUUGUCAACAUGAAAAAUGCGAAAGAUGCUACGCCUUGCAGUCUGAAAGGCAGUGAAAAGGAAAAAGAGAAACCCAGCAAUCAGCAGAUCAGUAAGGCCAGCACUGUGGAAAUGGCCAUUGAUUAUAUUAAAGCAUUGAAGAAGGAACUCGAGGAAACGAAGGGCAAGCUAGAGGCUGCUGAGGCUCGGCUAGGCGAGAAAGAGACUUCUCAAGCCCACGACGGCGACUCAGUUAGCCCUGAAAAUGAGCAAUUGGAAAAGCCCGGCGAGGUUGUAGGUGUGCUUACAAGCCCUGCAACGAAUGGCCCUGCAUAG